AUGAACUCCAAAAAGCUGAUUUGUCUGUUGGUGGCGGCCGCGAUGCUCUUAGCAAAUAUUCCCGCUGCAAACGCUACUUACGGCGGCAACUGGGGAGGCGGUAUCGGCGGAAUCAGCGCUAUUGGCGGAUGGGGAAACUGGGGAUACCCCAUAGGAUUGGGCGGAUGGGGCAGCCAUGGAAGCUGGGGAUACCCCGGGCUGUGGGGUGGAUGGGGCGGCAGCGCAGGCUGGGGUCAAGGCGGAUGGGGAGGCUGGGGAGGUCGAGGCGGAUAUGGCGGUCGCGGAUGGGGUCGGAGGUGGGGUCACCAUGGAGGAUGGGACGGAUUUUAG